AUGAGUUAUCGACGGCCUUUAGAAGUGGGACAGGGGAUGAGGGAUGUGAUGAGUAAUGAUCGCGAGAUUCAAGUGAUGAAAGACUGGAGACAACAUGAGGGCGCGUCUGUUCACCAGGGAUUGGCCUCACCAACAGAGUAUAAUAAUCAGCGUGCAGAGUGGAGGAUCCCUAUCAGCCGCAAGCUAGAAGAUUUGUCCGAGGCUCUUAAAUCAUUUCAAGUUGGCGAUUCGGCAACGAUUACUCAAGAUGUCAGCUGGAGAGGAGUUUGCGACUGUAUCGAAGAAGCAAAAAAGAGUUAUGACAAAAAAGCCGAAGAUAAUCGCUUUAGAGGAUGGAUAAGGAAAGGCGACGUAGCUAUUGGCAUCUUAGAACGGCUUUCUGACUCGAUUCCUGAUGAGAACGGUCUCAGUAUCCUCAGGACAGGCCUGGUAUUUAUCUUCCAAUCCUUUCAAAAAAGACUCUCUAAUGUGGGAAAUAUUCUACAAGAGCUUGACGAAGUUCCUGGGGUCUUAGCCAGUGUCUACCAAAUAAGCGAUGUAUAUCGCGGAGAGGUGCGGUUAAAAAACUUGGUCUGGGACUUUUAUGGGACAUUAGUAGACUGUCUUUCAGAGCUCCUGAGUAUUUUGAACAGGACGUAUAAGGACGUUAAUGUUUUCAAGAAGAUUGUCAAACAGAUCCCGGAGGUGGAAGCGGCAAAGAUUAGUGGCAUAUCGAAGCGGAUAUACAAGGCAAAGCAAAUGGUCUUUGAAGCCACAGCUCAUUUGGAUAGGAACGUAUGGCAAGAUACUAAAGUGUCGGCACAACAAGGGCGUAUAGCAGCCGAGGCCACCCGAAAAACAGCUCAUGAUAUUAAAGUCAAGGUUGCAGAGUUGCAGCAAGAGACGAGCGAGGGCCAUGACCGGUUGUCUUCUCAGGUGGACCAGUUUCGCUCACAGAUGGUUGAAGCUGCUAAUGGGAUGAGCGGCGAGAUAGCACAGACAAGAAAACGACUGACUAAAGAUGGAGAAGAGAGAAAAGAGUUUGAGGCAGGGCUGCAGAGACUUGUCGAGGCCCUGCCCGCAUCAAUUCACGAGCAGCUGCAGAGCGCCUUGUAUCAGUUUGUGGCGGAUGCUAUUGUCCAGCGAAGCCUCUUUGCUCUCCCGUCAAAUAACCUUGCUCCCAAUCCAACACCGCAACAAACCAUUCAGCCUCCUCCCGCGCCCGCCUUGACUGAGAGUGACAUCAUCAACUUGCUUCAGACGCCCGAUCCCAUCGCAGAUGCGGAGCGUAUUUUGCGCAAAGAAAGUCUAAUGAGCGAUGAAGCACUAGGAUAUGCCGCCCUUUUAAGGCAAAAGCGACAAUUCCAAGAAUGGCUAUCAUCCGAAGCGCCUGGCUUACUGCUAGUUGAUGGUUGCUGUCGUACAGAAAGUGUAGGACGAUCAUCUCCAAUGUCUUUCUUUACGGCUUCUUUCGCGUCUACUCUCCUCCAAACUCAGAGCGGUAUGGUACUGCAGUUCUUUUGUAGCAGUCAUACCGACCCCCUAAAGGAUGAUUCUGGUCCCAAGGGACUCCUAAGGAGCAUCAUCUGCCAACUACUGCUGUAUCCGAAACCCUAUAACCUCUCCCUUGACUUUGUUGAUCAAAGCUUGUAUGACGCGGUAGCAGCAGGCAACACCGAUGCGUUUUGCUUCAUGUUUGAACGACUAUUCUGGCAAAUACAGCCGACAACCACGGUUUAUAUCCUCUUGGAUAGCAUUUCAGAUUUUGAGUCCAGUCUCCACGACAACGGAGAAAGAAUGGAACGAGUAUUGGCUUCGUUCCAACGGCUAAUAAGGCCUGUUCUCCAAGGAUUUGCUUUCGGGCCAAGGCUAAAGCUCUUUAUGACAAGCCCCAAUAGGAGCCACUUACUAGUUCAUCGCAUCGAUCGCGCCAGAGAAAAUAUUCGGCUCAAUGCUGCAGCUCUGGGCGAUAUACCGAGAGGCAGCGACAGAUUGUCACGAGAAACACGACGAGCAAGAUCGCCGCUGCCUCUUAGUUACUAG